AUGGGUUGUGCAAACACAAAGAGCAGAAGCUAACAAAGUAGCAGGUCAUCAUUCGAUAGUGAACCCAAAAACUUAAAAUAUUUGGCAUUCUCAAAUAAAUACAAAAAUGGAAUACCUUAACUAUAGAAUGUAAAAUUCAUAUAAACAUCUAGAUUUCAGUUAGCACUAUCCUUUAGAGAAGAAAAAAUUUUGGCAACUAUUCGGUAUGA